AUCAGCGGUCGCUGGGCAGUAACGGUAGUAUCGAGAGAAACAAGCUACGAUGGUCCUCAUCAAGGAGUACCGUGUGGUUUUACCCUGUAGUGUUGAGGAGUAUCAAGUGGGACAGCUGUUCUCAGUGGCCGAAGCAAGUAAAAAUGAGACGGGUGGUGGCGAGGGCAUUGAGGUACUCAAGAAUGAGCCCUAUGAAAAUGAAGGCGAGAAAGGACAAUAUACACACAAAAUCUAUCACCUAAAGAGUAAAGUCCCAGCAUUUGUCAAGAUGAUAGCCCCUGAAGGCUCUCUGAUUUUCCAUGAAAAAGCCUGGAAUGCCUACCCCUACUGCAGAACCAUUGUGACGAAUGAGUAUAUGAAAGAUGAUUUCUGCAUUAAGAUUGAGACAUGGCACAAACCAGACCUUGGAACACAAGAAAAUGUGCACAAACUAGACAGUUCCACGUGGCAGAAUGUAACUGUUGUGCCCAUUGACAUUGCAGAUAGAAGUCAAGUGUCCAAUGCUGACUACAAGCUGGAUGAGGACCCUGCCAAGUUCAAGUCAGCUAAGACCGGCAGAGGACCCCUUGGGCCCACCUGGAAGAAAGAGCUGGCUGCUAAGACUGACUGCCCAAAGAUGUGUGCCUACAAACUGGUCACAGUCAAGUUCAAGUGGUGGGGCCUGCAGAACAAAGUGGAGGGCUUCAUCCAUGAGCAAGAGAAGAGGAUCUUCACCAACUUCCACCGGCAGCUCUUCUGUUGGAUUGAUAAGUGGGUGGAGCUGAAUAUGGAUGAUAUCCGACGGAUGGAGGCAGAGACGCAGAAGGAGCUGGAAGAGAUGCGUAAGAAGGGCUCUGUGCGAGGUACAAAGGCUGCUGACGAGUAGCCAGGCCAGGUGUAGCUCUGAGUGUUGCUGUCUUCGUAGAAAGGGAGAAGUACGAGGAACCAGUGCUGCAGAUGAAUGAAAAGGAUUUUAAACGCCCACGAUGACAGCAGCGAUGGAGACUGCUAAGAGGGCUCCUUUGGUGCCACUUUUUAACCAGAACUG